AUGGAGUCCUCUAGCAUCCUAGAUUGCAACCAGGAUAUGACCAUAGAGGCGUUCAAGAUAGCCAUGGUACAAGGCUCACGUUUUCACUCUUCUCUGGUAAAGAAAACUCCGACUAACAUGUCCGAGCUGAAUUCGCGAGCACAAAACUAUAUCAGGCUCGAAGAAAACGAAGUGACCAGGCAGCAAAAGGCAACUUUAGUCACUAUGGAGAGCAGACCCAAAGAACGACCAAGCACGUCAAGAGUCCAUCGUGAACCUCUAAGCAUCGAAGAAAGAGCCCCGGAGAAAAAAUCUCGAACGGCUGAAAGGACCACACCACUCAAAGUAACGCUGGCCAGACUGUAUCAAGAGACUAAGGUGGAGGCAUUAAUAGCCAAAGGGGAAUUGGCAGACUAUUUGAUUAACCCGGGACAGCAGAGGCAGCAUGAGCGAACCCGGGCAACUCUAAAGGCUGCAACAGAAAAUUAUCAUGUCCAAGUAAUCAAUACGAUUCAUAGUUGUACAGAGGAGGACGAACAACCAGAGAAUUCUUACAAAAUUCAGCUUAAGCAAACCCAUAAGUUACGAAAGAUUAGCGAUAUCAAUGCUAUAGGCUACAGACCGAACCCAACACAGGUUUCUUUUCAAAAGGAAGAUCUCAGAAGGGUACAACACCCACACGAAGACACAUUAGUGAUUAGCUUGCUAGUAGCUAAUUGCUUGGUCAGAAGAGUAUUCAUUGACCUAGGCAAUAGUGCAAACAUUAUAACAAAGUGGACUUCCGACCAGUUGAAACUGGCUGUAGAUCAAAUUCGCCCCACCAGGAACCCCCUGGUAGGGUUUGACGGUAGAAGAGUGGAACCCAUAGAUGUAAUCACACUGUCAGUCACGGCAUCCAAAAAAUCCUUGAAAGAGAAUUUUGUAAUGCUGGAUAUUCAUCCAACCUACAAUUUGCUAAUGGGCCGGGGGUGA